AGUAUCGUUCAUCCCGAAGUACCAAUCCCCUUUCUCUUGCUUUCUCUGUCGAGCUUUGCGGUGGCGCUGCCCUCGAUUUGAUGAUGUCGUAGGCUCGUAGCCAAAUUGCUAGAGCUGCCCUCGAUUUGAUGAUGUCGUAGGCUCGUAGCCAAAUUGCUAGAGCUGCCCUCGAUUUGAUGAUGUCGUAGGCUCGUAGCCAAAUUGCUAGAGCUGCCCUCGAUUUGAUGAUGUCGUAGGCUCGUAGCCAAAUUGCUAGAGCUGCCCUCGAUUUGAUGAUGUCGUAGGCUCGUAGCCAAAUUGCUAGAGCUGCCCUCGAUUUGAUGAUGUCGUAGGCUCGUAGCCAAAUUGCUAGAGCUGCCCUGUAAUUGGCUCCGCUCCGCCGGCACCCCAGAGUUGCCUCCACAAAGCCUGCCGCGCCAUCCCGUCGCCUAAUCCGAGCAGGACGGGAAAGGUCCGUGCUAGCUGGAGUGAAAGGCGCUGGAGAAGUCAGGGCAAGCCGACGGUUAGGAUUCACGGCCUGCAGCCUUCGGUCGAAGCAAAGCGGCCACACAACCGGUGCCGGUGGGGCUGCGCAGCGCCAGAAGCUAAGGAUCUGUUCCAUCAGCGGCGGUCGGACGAAGGCGGCAGAGCACCUGGCGGUGCAGCGGAACACCGGAUGCAGCUUGAUCCAGCACAGUUGCAUGCAUCCUUGCGGCGGUAACGGCGACUCCUUUCAUCUUGCCGCCGAUGGGCCGAAUGUUGGAAGAGAGUCGGCGUGACCACAACUGUCUCGCGAGCCGGGAUUGCCACAGCACCACCAGUCGUAUGGGGUGAGCAAGGGAAGAUUUUAUGGUACACGUCCCGUCCUGUUUCACUUCCUUCUCCAUCUUGUGCUUGAUUUAGCUUCGGUGUUGGCCCAGAAUGCAUUGCAUUGAAAUAUCUUUAGCAAUUUCUGGAUGCCAAGCUGCAGCUGCCGUUUGGUUGUGGGAAUCCUUUUACCUUGCAUGAUUUGGUUACUUCUUAGUACCCACCGACUAACAAAGAAGGUAAUGUUGGGUUGUCAGAUUUGGCUAUCUUUACUGUAUUAGUACGAUACCAUAACUUGUUAAGGCUAAGGUCAUGAGCUUGUGGCUGUCUGCUAUCACAGAAAGAUUUGAUGGAGUUGAUUUAUGUUCGUAUAUUAUUUAUUUAGAAGCUGAGAAAGGAAGUUCGUAAUAAAACCAAAAUACAAUCUAAAAUGGUGCAUGUUAAUUAUCUUAUCUGGUUGAUAAACUAUUGUCCACAAUUUUGCAUUCUGGAGUAUAUAUGCAUGCAGAUGUGGACAGGUAGUUAAGUAAUCAUGUUCAUAUUCUAAAUUCAUAGUUAUUACAUCUAUCAUAGGUCAACUUUCUUUGCCUAACUUUUUUCUAAAUUAAUUGUAGCGGCUGUUGAAGUUAUUUAUAUAAGUUAGGUACUAUUUUAUUUUACGAAACAUAGCUAACCCUGCCCCAUAAGGGAAUUUUCUUUUAUUAUCUUACCAAUUUUGUUUACAUGUUGUAGCUAUGCAAGUGCAGUUGGCACACUGAGUUGCAGGUGUGCCUUCUGUGAUUUAAGGCAGUAAUUCAGAAGAAUUCAGAAGAAAACUAAGAAGAAACUAUAGGCCCUAAGAUGAAUUGGAAAGAAGCGAAAAAUGGAAAAUUAAGCUACAGGAGCACUCAUGGACACAGGGAGGAGCACUGUUUAGUGGCAAAUGAAAAGAAGGCAAGCGUCAGCAGGCAUAGAUUGACUCGUCAGUGGCUGCCAAACGAAACCAGAGGUUCUUCCUCGCGGAGCCGCCCGUCGCUCCCCUCCCCCUACCCGGCAUCCCCCGCCGCUGCCAUGGCUGGCCUCCCCGACGACUCCGCCCGGCAAAGCCAGGCUCACGGGCGCGGCUCGGAGCCCCUUUCGUUCCCUUCUCAGCCGCCGGACAUCAGGAACUGGUUCUCGAGUUACAAGUACGAGUCGCCGGAGGUCCCCGAGCUGGAUGCAGUUCUUGGUGGCAACGACGGCAGCGAGACCCAAGACCCAUUAGAGAAUCGGCUACCUGCGCAUUCACUUCUGAAAGACACCAGUCAAGAUGACGGCACUGCUUUGAAGGGGGGUUGUUUUGGGAGCCGAUCUGAGCAUGGUGAGGUUUCUGCUACAAGAGAUAUCCUUCAGCUUGGUAGGAGCACAGUGGAACAGGGCACAAAAAGGAAGCGAAGCCUACGGGAGUUGUUUGGGGCAGGUUUUCUGGAUGACCGUGAUGAAGCUGCUCAAACUGAAAAUGCAGGGGUGUCAGUUUUGCACAGAAGUGCGGUGGAUCAUAUGUGCAAUUUCAACUGGAUCGGCUUACAGAAUAGACAGCACAGCCACGGCGGCGCAGCUGAACACAACGAGCUGCUGGUGGAUAGCGAUAGCACCAUCAUUGCUGAAACUCAAGAAAACCCCAGAGGAGGUCAGGAGACCGACCAUCGUAAAUGGCCAGUUAAUUGUGGUGGUACUUUGAACUGGGUAGGCUUACGAGAUAGAAAGCGCAACUACGAAGGCGCAGUUGAACACAGCGAGCUGCUGGCGGAUAGUGACAGCACCAUCAUAGCUGAAACUCAAGGAAACCCCCAAGCAGGUCAGGAGACGGACCACAACAAUGUGCGAGUUAAUUGUGCUGUUAACUUCAACUGGAUAGGCUUGCAAAAUACAACGCGCAACUUUGAAGGUGCAGUUGGAGACAGCGAGCUGCUGGCGGAUAGUGACAGAACCAUCAUAGCUGAAACUCAAGAAAAUUUCCAAGCAGGUCAGGAGAUGGACCAAAACAAAGGGCGAGUUAAUUGUGCUGUUAACUUCAACUGGAUAGGCUUAAGAAAUAGAACUCACAACUUUGAAGGUGCCGUUGAACACAGCGAGCUGCUGGCGGAUAGUGACGGCACUAUUAUAGCUGAAACUCAAGAAACCUCCCCAGGUGGUCAGGUGAGCAACCACAGCAAACGCCUAGUUAAUUUUGGUGGUACUAGUUUAGCUGAUAUUGAAGAAGGUUUCCUAGAAGAAGGUAUUGAGCACAGCAACCUGCCAGUUAAUUCUCAUAGCAAAGGACUAGCAGAUGUUGAGAAACCUAAACGAAAUCUGCGGGAUUUGUUUGGGGCAGGAUUUUUUGAUGACCCUGACAAAGCUAACGACUCUGAAACUCACCUGGAGUCUGCUGUACAGAGAAAUACAGUGCAGCCUCUGUCAAAAAGCAAUGCUGUACGCUUACCUCAUAUAAAACACGUCCAUGAAAGCACAGCCGGAUACAGCGAGUUACUGGUGAAUUGCGACGUUGUCAGUUUGGGUAAAACUCAAGAUCUCCCAGGAGGUCAGGUGAUCGAACACAAUGGACUGCCAGUUAACUGUGGUGCUACAGGUUUAUCAGCAGAUACUGAAGGUUUCCUUGAAGAUGGCAUUGAACACAGCAAACUGCCAGCUAAUUCUGAUAGUACAGGUGCAGCUGAUAUUGAGAAAACUGGCAUCAAACACCUCAUACUGCAUGCUAAUCAUAGUGGUAUCUGUUCGGCUCUCACUGAAGAAAGGUCUGGUGGAGAUGAAACCAACUGCGCAAAGUCUACUCUGAAUCAUAGGAAAGCAGAAGCAACGGUUGCAACAGAUGGUUUCAUUGCCAUCGGGAAAAAGCUGAAGUCUAUAGAGGAAUGCAGGGUAAACAAAAUCCCUAAGCCCUCAAGGGCACGAGAGAUGGUGACUUUGCAAGAGAACCGUGGAAUUUUGGGGACUCAGAAUGCUUCAGCCCGAGAUCACACAAGAAGCCCCUUAUCAGAUACGACUAAUCUUUCAGAAGUUGCAGGAGCCCCAGAACCAGAGAUCACCGGGAAAUGGAAGUGCCCUCGCAAAGGCAAGCCCUACGUUGCCCCUCCAAUGAAACAGCUGCGGUUGGAACAAUGGGUGCGCAGAACGAACUAAUAUUUUUACAUUGUUAGUUUUAUCAAGGAGACUUUGCAUCAGGGCAAAGCCUGCAGUGCUUGCCUGACCAAUUAGUUGCCAUGUUCCGCCUUUGGAGUUCGAUCAGAACCUGCCGCUAGCCUGCUACAUUCAUCUCUCGUGAUAUCUGCAGCUGACUGAAUGUAGACAAACUGAGAAACCUUGUAAUGCGUGUUUCAGUUGCCAUUUAUCU